GCAAGUUGCCAAGAUUUGUUUCAAGAUGGCCGUCAAAAGAUUGUUGACAUUCCCAACCUAACGUUUUUGGCGAUAUUUUAUUCUUCUGCAAUCCCAGAAAGCAAGAUAACUAGAACAAGGAAGUAACAUGGCAGUCCAAGUACAUGUGGAUGAGACCUCCUGCGGCCCCCUGUGUCAGCAUCCCGCUUGUUGGCAGUCCAACAUCCGACAGGAGAAGGGCUUUCCAAAACUGAAACCAAGGCCAAGAACUCCACCUGAUAUUGAACUUGAUCUACCCACUCUAAAAGUGUGUAACAUGCUGGAGGACUAUGGCGACGACUCGAGGGAUUUAUUUCCGGCCCGUUUUGGUGGGAAACCCGCCCAUGAGCGGAAGGACCCCUUGUAUGAAUGGCAGCAGCCUAAUCGCCAACAGAGUGUGAAAGUCACCAGAGCACCGCAAACUUCCCCAAAAUCAGGCACAAUAGAACAUCCCAUGAAUAAAUUUAAAGUAGUAGAGGUGCAAGAGGUUUUUGACCCUCAAGACCUACAGGGGACGUGGGAUGAUACCUUCGUACCCAAGUCCUAUUAUGUCUGGGUGCCGAACCAGAAAAAAAAGCGACGAAAAAAGCACAGGCUUGCCAAGUCUGAAAGCAAAACAGGUGCUGGUGGUUUGAAAAACAAACCUGGUAUCAAAGAUUUGACUGAGAGCAUGGUACCAAAAGAGAUAGAGAACAUGCGACUCACAGCUCGGCCAGAAGAGUUUCCUGUGUUGAAGAAGAAGCGAGCCCAGAGGUCCCCACGUCCCUACCCCAUGACUCCUAUGACAGCUAUGACCAACUCAAAGAUGGAGUUCGACCAAGAAGGUGGUCGGGCUGGGCAGAUAAGCGUGCCCAUUCCUACGAGACUCAGUGGUUGGCUUACGCCCGGGCGCACUAUUGUCAACAGUAUCACAGAGUUGCUUGAGCUGCCGAGGGACAUACUGGUUCAGGUCCUGGAGAACACGCGACAGAGUGAUCUGAUGUCUAAGGACCGCAUCCGGGAGAUUAUCCGGAGGUUUAUGCCGCUUCAGUUUGAGCGAGGAAACACUAACGUCUCCAUCACCAGCCAGGAUCUUCUGCAGCAGAAAAAACUUGCCCUGCAUGAAGGUAACAAGAACCUGCGUCAGCCCCAGUUAAUGGAAACCAAGCCUGUGUUCUAUCUGGAUGAGGACGUGGUAGACGAGGUGGACGAAGACAGGCAGAGGCCCGGCAGCCCCUACGGCUCUCUGAAGGAGCUCUACUUCGGGGGCAACGGGCAGGUUGGGGAUCUCAACAGAUACACCAAGCCCCUACCCGCUAUUAGUGGUCAAAGAUCAGCCAGUGCAGGAGCAACUCUAGCUACAAAAAUCCCGUCAAUAUCCCUCGGCCUCCCAGAGUUACCCAGCGGCAUACGACACACAAAGCCUUUCACCUAUAAGAAACAGGCAGACUUUGACUUCACUCUUGGGCCCGUUCCUACCCCACCCACCAGUUACCGCUCGACGGAGACACCUGGCUCAGACCACGGUACCGCUGGGCGUGCCAACAUGCCCUCUGAAGUGUCCAACCGCAGUGAGCACGGCAGCGACACCAAGAAAAUGACAUCAGCCAGGAGUACGCCAGACCGCCCACUGCACAAUGUGUCUCCCACAUUUUCAACGCGGGUACCCAAGGCUCCUGCGACCACGCCAGCCACCAACCAGCCCUCAUCUCCCACCAAGUCAGUCCUGCGUGAUAUCACAGGCUCCACCAUACCAGCCUCCCCUGGGGACUGGGCAAUGCGUGAGAAGUCAACCUCGCCCCUGCAGAUCAUCAGGGCACCUGUGAACACACCUGGGUCUCUUAUGCAAGAAACUGGGCUGGGAACCAUCCACGAGUCUCACCAAGAUGAAACCGGGGACCAGCUGCCAAUGUCCCGGGGCCGCAGCGUCCGCUUCGAGAUCCCGGAGGUACCCCCACCUCCAUCCUCCCCGCAGCUGUCAGACGACGGACAGAAAGACAUCAGCAGAAAUACCGUGACUAUUAGCACAACCUUGCCUAAUCCGGAUGCCGUGUCAACCAGCACAAACUAUAAACCACAGUCCGGUGGAACCAUCCGGACAGACGUGAAUACUGUGAACACGUCCAAUCUUAUGGCUGAAAAUUCAUUUGUUCGUUCACAGACACGCGAGGUUUCAUUUGUAACGUCCCCAGAACCCUGGCCCCAGGUGAAUGAAGCAGAUUUUCAGGAUGUUCCCAAACCAUCACCAGGUGAGAUAACUCAUGAUACGGCAACAGCAACCCCUGUUACCAUAACUACGGGUCACGGGUUGUCUGAGAUAGACGAAAGACGGGACAAGGAAAAAGAAAGGGCUAAGAAAACUUUAGAUCUUAGGGCUCCAAUCAAGGUACCAAGUCCGGAGAAAGAGGACACAAAAGAUAGUGAAGACAUAGAAAAAACAGAAAACUAUGUGAAUAAGACUCCAGUAGAUGAGAAUAGUUCAGCUUUGAGGAGAUUGAUGGAAGAUUCCAGAAAGACUGCCUCCCCUGCACCACCCCCACCAUCACCUGAGGCAAAACAGGACAGUAAUGCAUCCCUGAAGAAAAUGGAGUCGAGCAGUAGAAAGCCUCAAGAUGAUGACUCUGAAAUGACAGUCGUACAGAUUGCUCCCAGGGGUCUGAUGAACUCUAAGAAAGGUACCACUCAUCGAAAGAUUGAUACAUUCCAAAAUAUUGACAUCCCUGCAAAAGUGGAUGCCACACUUAAUGAUAAAGAAGAACUAACUCUGAAGACAGCAACAGUGGAACUGAGCACGGAGACAAUUCUAGAAGAACCUGAGCAUACUCCUGAACAUGAGGAUGAACAUGUAAAGACAGAUGGUACACAAGAAAAAAGUACUUUGGGGAAUAGGUCACUUUCCGAACCAUCCACCCCAGGACCAGAGCCGGUUGCAUCUGAGGUCAAACAGACGCCUGGUGAAGCUGACAAAACGGCGGGAGCAGAGGUCUUCACUGAUUGGACAGGGCCUCGUGAGGAUCCUGAGGGAGCCCAGACAGGGGCAGUUAUCGUUCCAGACAUGACGGAGGAAGGUGGGGACCAUGAAGGGUUCAUGGAGGACCUGAGACAAGCGUAUCAAACACUGGAAAGGCAGAUCUCAGAAGAAUUUAAGGACGACUAACAAAACAGUCAUUUCAAAAGACCCGUUCAACCUCUUAAUGAUAACCAUUAACUUGGACUUAAAUCUAAAAUGGUCACUGACCUGAUAACUUAAAGAGGGGAAAAUAUGUACUAAAAUGGCUGUACACUUUUUCUGUGAUAGAGCGCCUGAUACUUUGUAUUCGUUUUGUUAUGACAAUUUUUAAUUUUUUAUCAGACAAAAUGUCUUGAAUAGUUUUCAUAUGAAAAGUUUUGAUGUCAUAAUCUUUGUGUCACACAUCAAUGUCAUUAGCUUUAUUCUUACUUUAUUACUUAUUGAUAACUUUAGGUUCUAAUGUCAUAGGGUAUAUGGCAUAGACAAUUCAUGCACAGAUUUAAUGUGCCCAUAUGGUUUGGUGUUGGAUGGCGAACAAACUAGCCAUGGACGUACCUAUUAUGUAUUGUAAUGGGUAUUCUGUAAUUGGUUUCCAUGAAAUUUGAUUUGCUGAACAUACCAUUUACAAAUGUAUACAAACCUAGAUGAUUGAUCACUUAGUGUAGCUGUGACGUUCAAAGUAUUUACCUUUGCCUAGUUUUAAGGCAUCAAGUUAUUCACCCACCUGGGCUUGUAUUUACAAGCACCUUAGGCAAAUCUUCACUUGAAUUGUGCUUAAGUGAUAAUUUCAGAUAAAAUCUUCUAUCCAAAACUUUUUUUUUCUGAAUUCUAAGGGAUAAAAUAUAAAUCACUUGUUAAAAGUGUAUAACGUGAAAAUACCUACAUGUACACACGAAAUAUGCAGAUACUUGCAUAUUUUUAAAUCAAGGAAAUUCCUUAGGUUUACAAUAAGGAGCUUUGUGAAUAAGGGCUCUACUCUCAUACCUAUUGACGGGAGCAGUGGAUAUUGUUUGCUGAUUUGUAUAUUUGAACACAAUCAGGUAACUUGAGCACUGGGGUUUUAUGGUCCGUUUAGAAAAAGGAGGUAUACAGCAGUCAGAUUGUCUGUCAGUGCAUCUGUAGUCUGUGCAAGUGUCUGGAUAUCCACCACCUGUAACUUUGCCAUUUAUAGGUGGCUUUUUAAAUAAUUUUGCGCAAAUCUAAACCAUCAUAACACAGUGUAGGGCGUAAAGUAUGUCUCCUUACAUCAAAGUUCAAGGUCACAUUUAUAGGUCAAAGGUCAUAUUUGAAAACGGAAGUGGAUUUUGUGAGCAUCUUUAUUAUUUCAGUGUGUAGUUUUAGCAAAAUUUGUUAGUUUUUUCAAUUACUGAGGCUGCAUUUAAUAAGGACCAGCUGUCCUACCUGUUUGAAUUACUCAACUCCUGAAAGUUGGGAAAAUUUUGUAUUAUAUCAACAAUAUCCAUGCACAUUAUUGGUUUCUUUUCUGAAAAAUAUACUAUAUGCUUAGGUCUUGUGCUGUGGUGGAAAAGCGGACUACACUGAGAAAACCCCAGCAAUGUGGUAUGGUGACCACCAACCAAACUAACUGUGAGUUAAUGGUUAAUUUCCUAAGGACAUCUAGCUCUUUUAAAGUUAUUUUUUAUACAAUGUUCUGUAGAAUUUGGUUCUACAUUAUCACAUUUUUGUGAUUUUUCAGUCUGUGAUAACAUGUUUUAUGUGAUUUAAACUGCGUGGUAUUAAUGUCAGCUUUUACCUAUUUUAAAACAACUUUUUUUUUUAAAUUUGUCAUAAUUGUAUGGAAGUAAAAAUAAAUAAAUAACAUAUUUAAUUUAGAAUAUUUAGCACUUUUGAAGUGUUUUGUUUUGUUUUACUAAUUACUGUCCAUCUGAGAUAAUGCUAUUUUUUUACAGGAAUGUAUAUAUUUAUUCCUUAGUGGUGAUGUUAAUGCCAAACAGUCUCAUUUGCAUUUAGUUUUUGUCGUUUAACAUCUAAAAAAUUAUAUUUUUGUUGUGUAUAUUUUAUGUCACAAUUAUCGGCACUGUUAUUGGUUUUAACUGUUUCAUUUUGAAAUCACAUUUGUAAUAAAAUAUAUAAAUCAG